AUGGCCGAAGUCGCAAUCCAAAAGAUGAUGGAGCAGUCCGAUCGGAACUUCUCGUCAAGUUCAUUGCAACAUCAUAACGAAAUUCACUUUCCCACGCUCGUCGCUGAGGAACUGGAAUUCCAGGUACUCGAAUGGCGCAGCCACCUUCCACCGGCGUUGGCAUUCCCAGACGUGGGCUUUUCCCGGGGCGACCUGAGUCUUUAUCUCAAGUUGCAAUAUCACGCUCACACAUGCGGGAUUUUCUGGCUGGCGCUUUACAAGGCUGUCAUUACCACCGAUGAGUCUCCAGAGCUCGUAUCGGCUGCCGAAAAAUGUGUGCGCUCGUACUGCUCAUUCGUGGACGCAGCUGCUGACUUCUUUUCGAAGCCGGUUUUGCUGCCGCACAUCGCGAUGACGCUGACCUCCAUUUUUACGAUAUCUUUGGGUAUGACUUUUGUCAAGAACGCACAGGUAACUUUCGGUCUAGAACAGUUAGACAACUCGUUCAAGACGGCGGUCAGGGUGUUGAGUAGAUAUGGCACGCUGUAUCCCCCGGUAGGACAAUGGUCGACCGUCCUACAAGAGCGUUUCGAUACGAAAAGAUAG